AUCUUUUACUUCGAACUAUACUUCACGUGUAUUACAUUUUUACAUACGAUUCGUGCCAAGAACGUUCUGAUUUUUCUUCCUAUGUGUUGUUCAGUUGCACACAAAUAAGUAAAAAACGGUGCACCAUCAUCAUCAUGUCGUUUGUCCACUACACCAUCGUAUUUGCUUUUCAUAUUUAUCUACUUAUCAAAGUUGUACUUUCUGCACCUGUGAAUUACGAUCAACGACAAACUGGCGAUCUCAACGUGCGAAUUGAUUUGAAGGAUCUGAAGAUACUAGCUCUUCUUGAUUCUAAAGUACUCGAAGAUUACACGGACUAUGAUUACUUUUACGAUUUCGCUGACUUCACAUCAAAACCAAUUUCAAAGCCCACAUCGGUUUCUACGGUUGAAUCUUUGAAUACCGAGCCUACUAAUGCACCCAUAUCUUCUUCAACCAUCAAAACGGAUUCUGUUGGAAUUUCUUCUACGAAUGAUUCAAUAAUAACUACUUCAAAAAAUGAACAAUCGAUUGAAGAUGCAACGAAAUCCACGAUCGAAGAAGACAAAGUUAUAUCUUCGUCUAAUAAAGAAGGUAUCCUUGAAACAUCAAGGCAACCUUUAAGGAAAAGAGCUCAUUUGAAAAUCCGAUCGAAUAAUCGUCCUAAAUUUGUAUCUUCCAAAUAA